AUGUAUCCAGCUAAAGCGCACGCCAGAAAGGUGACGGAGCAUUUCUUCUCCAAGCAAUCCAAGACGAAGGCCGCUUAUUUCAUUGCCGGCUCGAAGCUUAAAUUGUACCCUUAUUGCGACAUGCCUGGCCCAUUGAGACAGAACAGGUACUUCUACUACUUAUCGGGAGUGAACCAAAUCAGUGGAUGUUACAUCCUGUACCAGACCCACAUUGACAAGUUGACGCUGUUCUUGCCCGACGUGGACGAGGACGACAUCAUGUGGAGCGGUCUGCCUCUGUUCCCCGAGGAGGCUGUUCAGAAGUACGACGUGGACGAGGUGCUGUAUGCCAGUGUCGUGGACACUGUGUUGAAGGAAUUGGCCGAGUCGGGCACCAAGAUCUUCACCACCGACACGGACGAGUACGCUAAGUCGUCAUUUGCCAAGUACGUGAUUCCAGGCGACAAGCAUUUCUUCUACGCUCUGGACGAGGCCCGGCUGAUCAAAGACUCGUUUGAGAUCGAGCUUUUGCGCAAGGCUGCCAAAAUCACCGACAACUCGCAUUUGGCAGUGAUGUCUGCACUUCCAAUAGAGAAGAACGAGGGCCACAUCCACGCAGAGUUCCUGUAUCACUCGAUCCGUCAAGGAUCCAAGUUCUCUGCUUACGACCCAAUCUGCUGCUCGGGACCAAACUGCGGCACGUUGCACUACAUCAAGAACGACCAGGACAUGGCCGGUAAGGAAAGUGUGCUGAUCGACGCCGGUGCCGAGUGGGAGUGCUACGCUGCCGACGUGACCAGAUGUUUCCCGAUUAACGGUAAGUGGACCAAGGAGCACCUCGAGAUCUACAACGCGGUUCUGGACAUGCAGACCCAGUGCAUGGCCCAGAUCCGGCCCGGUGCGCAGUGGGAGGAUGUCCACUUCCUGGCGCACAAGGUGCUGAUCAAGAACUUCUUGGAUCUGGGCAUCUUUGUCGGCAACGAGGACGAGAUCUUCAAGUCUGGAGUGUCCACCUGUUUCUUCCCGCACGGACUGGGCCAUUUGCUUGGCCUGGACACCCACGACGUUGGUGGAAGAGCAAACUACGAGGAUCCAAACAAGAUGCUGGCAUACUUGCGAGUGCGCAGACCUUUGCAGGCAGGCAUGGUGGUGACGAACGAGCCGGGCAUUUACUUCUCGCCGUUCCUGAUGGCUCCUGCUCUGAAGGACCCGAAGCUCAACAAGUUCAUCCAGCAGGAGAUCGUGGACAAGUAUAUGUACAUUGGCGGAGUGCGUAUUGAGGACGACAUUCUGGUAACCGAGACGGGCCACGAGAACCUGACGGGCAUCACCAGCGACCCGGACGAGAUCAGCAAGAUCGUGCUUGCUGGAAUCAGCAAGGGAAAAGAAGGGUUCCACGUGAUUGUGUGA